CGGAGUUUUAUCUGGAUCCAACUCUAUUUGACAACCAGUUUGGGUAUCUUGCCCAGUGCAGCGCGGCUCCUGGCACCAUUGCAGGCACGCUCGAUAAUUCUUACGACCCCAUCAUCCCCGUGACUACCUCUUCCUUCCCUGGCCCUGCGAACUUUAUGUUCGACGGGGAUUCAGUUCAGGACUCUUAGAGUCCUCCCGCUCCCUUUGUCACGGGGUCUGAGGACUUCGAAUUUAGCGACCUGCAGCACGACUUCACGCUGGAACCUGCCCAAGAGAGUUAUGAUAACGCAUGGCAACUGAGCCACACGGCGGCCACAGAGCCAGACUUCGACCCCAUAUCUCGGCAUCUUGACAUGAUCAAUGUUGAUCUGCAAGAGGCAACAUCUUCCGCAAUGGCUAUCGAACCACCAGCCGAGACAAGCCCAUCCAUGGAGGAUAUCGAAGGUGUCAGUGGUCCACCAUACCAAUGCCCAUUUCCCAAUUGCGGAUCAAAGCAAUACGGAAUGAAGAGUAGCCUGAAAAAGCACUAUUUGAUCCAUACAAAGCCCAUCCUCUGCGAGAUUAGCCUGUGCCCUCGAGCAGUGCAGGGCAAUGGCUAUGCAACAAAUAAUGAUAUGCAACAACACUGCUGGGUUUCCCAUCGUGCGCAUGCAAUUGCAAGAGGCUUCCCUAAACCUGAAGCCGAGUGCGGUCUUUGCGGCAAGAUACUUACGAAGAAAGCCAAUUUGCCAAGACAUCAGGAGCGGUCAUGCCCAGCACGACCUCGUAAAGUAGACUCUACGAAGGAGGCUGGUACUUGAUGCCAGUUGCUGACAGGACAAUCACGAUACCGCUCAUUUG